GGGAGGGGCCGACCGGCGUCCGCUCCGAGGGGCGGGGCAGUCCCGCGCGCGCGCGCCGCCGAGGGGCAGGGCCCCCUCACCCCCGCCCUUUCCCACGCGCCGGCCCCGCGCCCCCGCGCGCGCACACUCGCGAGUCCAGGCGACAUGCAAAUGAGCCCGGCUCCAGUGCCCAGACCCAAGCCCCCCACUGCUCAAUGGACACCCCCAGCCCAGACCCGUGGCCUUCGCCUUUGCCCGGGGAGGAAGAGAAACCUCUGGCCUUACCUCCUCCUGUUCCCCGGGGCCGCCGAGGCCGACGUCCCGGAGGGGCCACCUCCUCGAAUCGGACUCUCAAGGCCUCCCUCCCUCGCAAGCGGGGCCGCCCCCCCAAGUCGGGGCAGGAGCCCCCACUGGCACAGGGGGUGACAGCCCCGGUGGGCAGCGGCGGUGGCAGUGACCUCCUGUUGAUCGAUGAUCAGGGUGUGCCCUACACAGUCUCUGAAGGGUCAGUAGCAGGCGGGCCCGAGAGCUCUGGCCCUAAGAAGGCCCCGCACUUCUGCCCGGUGUGCCUUCGGGCCUUCCCCUACCUCUCCGACCUGGAGCGCCACAGCAUCUCACACUCAGAGCUGAAGCCGCACGAGUGCAAGGAUUGCGGCAAGACCUUCAAGCGGUCCAGCCACCUGCGGCGGCACUGCAACAUCCAUGCCGGCCUUCGGCCCUUCCGCUGCCCGCUCUGCCCCCGCCGCUUCCGAGAGGCGGGCGAGCUGGCCCACCACCACCGCGUCCACUCCGGGGAGCGCCCCUACCAGUGCCCCGUCUGCCGGCUGCGCUUCACCGAGGCCAACACGCUCCGGCGCCAUGCCAAACGCAAGCACCCCGAGGCCAUGGAGGCACCCCUGGGUCCUCGGGAAUCAGGACCUGAACCACCGUGGGACGACGAGGGUAUCCCGGCCACGGCAGGGGCCGAUGAGGAGGAGCUGGAGGGGAAAGAGGUGGCUUGACCCCCACCCCCGGCCACCGCUCCCCAGACCAGGUUUAGAGCUGGGCGUUCAGCUGGCACUGAACCUGGGCAGGGAAACCGGGACACACUCUUGUCUGGUAGUCUUCCCGUUGUGGGAGGAGGUCGAGGGUGAGGACGUCCACUUCUGGGUCCUGCAGCCUUCUGCCACGCUCCCUCGGACUGACAGACCUGUGGAGGCAGGGGCUGUGGAAAUAAAUUUCUGCCUACUGGC